AUGAGGGCUGUAUCUCUCCUCGGCUUGGCCUUCGGCUGGCAGGCGGCCAUCGUCGGCGCCUGCGGUGGUCACGGGCAGGAGUUGCGUAAAUGGAGCCAGGACGAGCUGGACGAGCUGGAGCGCAAAUGGGGUAUCGAGUGGGCCUUUACCGGAAUUGGCUCCUUUGCACACUUGAAAUAUGUCAAGUGUCUGACGAAUCCGACUGAGCUGUUCGAUAUUGCCAUUAUCGGGGCGCCGUUCGACACGGCUGUCAGCUAUCGUCCUGGCGCUCGCUUUGGCCCUCGUGCUAUCCGCCAUGCCAGCUCCCGCCAGACCUCGUUCCGGGGCUUCAACCCGCGCGCCAAUAUCAACCCCUAUCAGAACUGGGCCACGAUUCUGGACUGCGGCGACAUCCCCGUGAUCCCCAUUGACAAUGCCGUGGCCCUGCAGCAGAUGACGGCCGCCUUCGAGGAGCUGGGCGCCCGGCCGCCCGUGUCCCAGGACCCGUCCCACGCCAAGCCCAAGCUCAUCACCCUCGGCGGCGACCACAGCCUGGCGCUGCCGGCGCUGCGUGCGCUGCGGCCGCACUACGAGAACCUGCGCGUGCUGCACUUUGACGCCCACCUCGACACUUGGCACCCGGCCAAGUACCCGAGCGCCUGGGAGUCGACGCAGGCGCACUUCAACCACGGCAGCAUGUUCUGGCUGGCCGGCCACGAGGGCCUGCUGUCCAACACGUCGGCCAAGCCCAACGUGCACGCGGGCUUGCGCACGCGGCUGUCGGGCGACGACUUUGGCGACUACGACGACGACACGGCCCAGAACUGGGUCCGCAUCAGCGCCGACGACAUGGACGACCUGGGCACGGCCGGCAUCGUCCAGAGCAUCAUGUCCACCCUCGGCACCGAGGACCCCGUCUACCUCAGCCUCGACAUCGACGUGCUGGACCCGGCCUUCGCCCCCGGCACCGGGACUCCCGAGCCCGGCGGCUGGACCACGCGCGAGCUGAUCCGCGUGCUGCGCGGCAUCGAGGGCCUGAACCUCGUUGGCGCCGACGUGGUCGAGGUCAGUCCCGCCUACCAGGGCGCCGGCGAGGAGACGGCGCUUGCGGGCGCCCAGGUCGUGUAUGAGAUCAUCAGCAGCAUGGUCAAGAAGGGACGUGACAGCAUGUCGAAGAAGGUCGUGGACGCGCAGAGCGCAGGUGGCAAGGACGAGCUGUAG